AUAUUGAUAGAUGUCCUCUCUUUCUUCAGUUCGCCAUGGGCCCCCAGUAUAGUUUUAACAGAUCUUUAGGCACCAUGGAUCUAUUCACUGAUGAAGAGGAGAAGAAGGGGUGCCUGAUCACAGCUGGAACUUUGGACAAAGAUUUGGUCGUGUGUGGGGACAUAAAAGGCAACAUGUGGUUCAACCAGACUUCAGAGGGUUCCUCAUGGAGCAGCAGAAAACCUGCCCACAGUGACAGGAUCAGUGUGUUGAAACUCACUGACUGCAGCAUCAUCUCAGCCUCCUACGACCGGACGGUGAAGCUGUGGGACAGAAACACCAAGAAACAGGUGGGUAUGUUUGUGUGUGGAGGUCCGGUCCUGCACUUGGAGUUGAACCCUGAGAAACCCACUGAAAUGGUUUGUGGUGACGGACAGGGAAAACUCUACUUCCUCUCGUGGAAGGAAUAAUACUCAAGAUAUGUCAUAUGCUGUAUUUAAGAAAACUACUGCGACGCGAGAGCACUAACCAAAGAUUGUUUGGGAAUGUUUUGCCUACUCUUUGCUUUAAUGAAGUUGAUUGUGCACUAUAUAAAGGUUAAAUCAUUAUUGGAAUACUUUAGUUAUCCUAUAUAUAGGGUCAUUUAUGUCACAUACAGGGAUCUGCAUCUAUGUAAUAGUUGCAAAUAUAUGUUAACAUGUGCCUUUAAAUUAGAUGGGGGAAAAAGCUUGCAAAUGUAGCAAAAAGAAAACGCCUUAAAGGUUUUGUCAGGUAUCAUUUUGUGAAAGUUCCAUUAAUUAUUGUUUGUUUAAUUGUUCAAAAUAACAAUGUGGGAUAUGAAACACAGAAAAAUUAAAAUGUAUUUUCUUUGAUGAUAAAUUGAAUGUACAAAUUGGCAGUUGUUGUUUUGUUGUUGUUGUUUUUGUUUUAUGGUUUAAAAAGUAUUUACAGAGUUGUUCUAUUAAACAAAAAAGUUGUGGUGACACACAUGUUGUUGUCAGACUGUGUGUAAAUCGUGGAAUGUAAAAGGAGAUUAAACCAAAACUCUGCACUCUGCAAGGGACCGAGUUCAGCUGAGACACCGAUGGCAGACAUGUAAACACAGCUUAUCAGAUAAUGCUUUUACAGCUCUGUUAUCUGAACUCAAUUGCUACUGCUUUAUUGACGAUGGGUCACAUUUAGUGCAAUAAAACAUGUUAAGUAAAUAAAGCUUUUCCCACUGCUGCACACUGAA